AGAGAGAGACGAAGAGGGAUUGGAAUUCUGCUACUCCGAUCCGAUCAGAGAACCGCCGAAGGAGCGUCAGCUAUGGCGGAUUCCGUUCGCGAAGUGCUUUACGAGACCCGACGUCACGCCUCCAGGCCUUACACUUCUAAUUAUCCUCCCGUUCAACAGCCAAAUGAAGGUGUUAAAGGUGGUUUCUUUUCGCUUCUCUCGGUUCCUGGUGUAAGUCAGAUAAAGGAGAAAUGGAGUGAAUAUAGGAAUCCAAAGAAAGAGAACAAACCUGUAUCCUUAUUUGUUUCUCCAAGUGCUGAACGUGUGGCUGUGGCUGUCGGUAAUCGACUCACAAUUUUGCGAAAGGAGGAUGAUUACAAAGAGCCAUUUGGAACUUUUACUGGUAGCAGCCUUGGUUCAUUUACUUUUGGAGCUUGGUCUGAAUCUCAUGAUAUUCUUGGAGUUGCUGAUGACUCGGAUAUACUCUAUUUUAUUAAGGCAAAUGGUGAAGAGAUAACAAGAAUUACAAGGAGGCAUUUAAAAGUGUCUGUUCCAGUUAUAGGUCUCAUUGCACAGGAUGAUACUGAUGGACAGAAAUCUUGCUUGUGUAACUUCACCAUUCUGACAUCUGAUGGAUGUCUUCAUGACAUUGAGAUCAGUCAAGAGCCAAGUUCGUCUAUUUCCUCCACAAACACUAUUGGCUUGACUUCCAAGAGGCAGUUCCCUCAGAAUGUCUUGUGCUUUGACUAUUAUCCCAAACUUUCUAUACUUGUCCUUGUUGGUAGUACCUCUGGCAUCUCUACCUCUCUUGGGAAUUCUGGUUCCUGUAUUGUAUCUCUUUGGCGUAGAUCUCAGGAUUUAGUUUUGGAGUCAUUGUCAGCCACUCAGUUUGAAGGCUUGUAUUGCAAACCAAAAGGCUGUGCAGGUCAACAAGCAGCAUAUCCAAAGGUCCUAAUUUCACCGGAAGCCAAUUAUGUUGCUACUUUAGAUGUCAAUGGAUGCUUGCACAUUUUUAAGCUGGAUAUAAAGAGCUGUUCACUUUCAAAUGUUGCUUGCAUGGAGGGACUUGACUCUGGAUGGAAAGAAGUUUUAGUUGACAUUAAAGACUUCACUUGGUGGUCUGACCAUAUUCUUACUCUUGCAAAGCAGAGUGGCAACUUGACCAUGUUUGACAUCCUUAGUGGUUUAAAACUUUUAAAGAAUGAACCUGUAUAUUCCAUGCCUGUUUUAGAAAGAGUAUGGAUGUUUCAAGGACACCUUUUUCUUUUGGAGUCUGAAGAGAUGCACAAUCCAUCUAGUAGUGAUAGCAGAGGGCAGAUUUCUGAAAAUGGAUUUAACCAACCUGAUUUUUCCAGGUUACGUUGGAAUUUGUUGUCAUUUUCAGAGAGAUCUGUCCCUGAAAUGUAUAUGAUUUUAAUUAAUAAUUGCAAGUUUCAGACUGCUUUGGACUUUGCUGAUCAUCAUGGAUUGGAUAAGGAUGAAGUUUUAAAGUCUCAGUGGUUGCAUUCUAGCAAAGGAAUAAUUGAGAUAAAUACAUUCUUGUCAAACAUCAAAGAUCAAGCUUUUGUGUUCUCUGAGUGCGUGGAUAAAGUUGGACCAACAGAAGAAAUGACAAAGGGAUUACUUGCACAUGGGCUUCGAUUAACUAACCAGUUUAGAUUUUCUGAGUCAGAAGAUCAUGAAUGUGCUGAAAUUUGGGAUUAUCGUAUGGCUAGACUUCAGCUACUGCAAUUUAAUGACAGGUUGGAAACAUUUCUUGGAAUAAACAUGGGCAGGUUUUCUUUGCAGGAAUACAGCAAAUUCCGUGUUAUGCCGAUUAAUGAAGCUGCAGUAACACUUGCUGAAAGUGGAAAGAUUGGAGCCUUAAACCUACUUUUCAAGCGUCAUCCUUAUUCUCUGAUGCCAUUCAUGUUGGAUAUUUUGUCUGCUAUUCCUGAAACAGUUCUUGUACAAACGUAUGUGCAGCUUCUUCCAGGGAGGUCUCCUCCUACCACUAUUGCUUUGAGGGAGGAAGAUUGGGUUGAAUGUGAUAGGAUGUUGAGAUUUAUUAGUAAGUUACCAGAGAAUCAUGAACUUGGUAUUCAGAUUAGAACAGAACCUAUGGUUAAAAGGACUUUGGGAUCUUUUUGGCCUUCAACAAGUGAACUUUCAGUCUGGUACAAGAAUAGAGCAACAGAUAUUGAUUCCUAUUGUGGCAUGCUAGACAAUUGCCUCUGCUUGGUUGAUGUUGCUUGUCGCAAAGGUAUUAGUGAGCUCCAGGAGUUUCAUGAGGAUAUCUCAUAUCUGCACCAGCUGAUUUAUUCUAAUGAGAAUGAUGGUGAAAUAUGUUCUAGUAUGAGUCUUGUCACAUGGGAACAAUUAUCUGACUAUGACAAAUUCAGAACAAUGCUUAAGGGAUGCAAAGAGGAAAAUGUGCUUCAUUCCUUGCACAGUAAGGCUAUUCCUUUUAUGCAGAAAAGGUCUUACUCUAUGCCCUCAAGCUCCCAAAGGCAGUUUUAUGAUGGCCAUUUUCCAGUUGAUUAUGGAAAGGAUGAAUCAUUUCUGGUCAGAUGGUUGAGGGAAAUUGCUUUAGAGAACAAGUUAGACAUGUGCUUGAUAGUCAUUGAAGAAGGGUGCAGAGAGCUUCAAAGCAGUGGCUUAUUCAAGAAUGAGAUUGAAGCUGUGGAUUGUGCUUUACAAUGCAUCUAUUCAUGUAAUGUUACAGAUAGGUGGAAUACCAUGGCUACAAUAAUAUCCAAGCUUCCACAUAAGCAAGAUUUGGAAAUAUGUAUUGGGGAGCUUGAGCAACAAUGCAGGGUGGCAGAAGGCCACAUUGAAGCAGGAAGGCUUUUGGCAGUUUACCAGGUCCCGAAACCCAUAAAAUUUUUUCUAGAGGCUCAUUCUGAUGAAAAAGGUGUAAAGCAGAUUCUUCGUCUUAUCCUUUCAAAAUUUAUUCGAAGACAACCCAGUCGAUCAGAUAAUGACUGGACAAACAUGUGGCGCGAUAUGCAGUGGUUGCAAGAGAAGGCCUUUCCUUUUCUUGACCUAGAGUAUAUGUUAAUUGAAUUUUGCAGAGGAUUACUGAAAGCUGGCAAGUUUUCUCUUGCUAGAAGUUACUUAAAGGGUACAAGUUCAGUUGCUUUAGCAUUGGAGAAAGCAGAGAAUUUGGUUAUUCAAGCUGCUAGAGAGUAUUUUUUCUCAGCUUCAAGUCUUGCUUGUUCAGAAAUCUGGAAGGCUAAGGAGUGCCUUAAUAUAUUUCCUAGUAGCAAAAACGUUAAAGCAGAGUCUGAUAUUAUUGAUGCACUUACUGUAAAGCUUCCAAACCUUGGAGUGACUCUCUUACCUGUGGAAUUCAGGCAAAUAAAAGAUCCAAUGGAGAUAAUUAAAAUGGCAAUUACAGGUCAAGCUGGGGCUUAUCUACAUGUUGAUGAACUAAUUGAGGUUGCCAAACUUCUUGGACUGAGCUCUCUAGAUGAUAUAUCAGCUGUUGAGGAAGCUAUUGCUAGAGAAGCUGCAGUUGCUGGUGAUCUGCAAUUGGCAUAUGAUCUUUGCCUUGUUUUGGCUAAAAAGGGACAUGGUCUCAUUUGGGAUCUAUGUGCUGCAAUAGCAAGGGGUCCUCCCCUUGAAAAUAUGGAUAUAAGUUCUCGAAAACAACUUCUGGGUUUUGCUUUGAGCUAUUGUGAUGUGGAAUCAAUUGGCGAGCUGCUCAACGCAUGGAAAGAUUUAGACAUGCAGGGACAAUGUGAGGCUUUGAUGAUGUUGACUGGGACAAAUUCUCCUAAUUUCUCACUUCAAGGUUCCUCUGUUACUUCACAAUCAGGCUACAAUAUUCAAGAUAUCAUUAACCUCAAAGAUUGCUCUGUGUUAGUUGGAGGGGUUACGAGUGAAGAUCAUGAGGUUCAUUACAAUCACAUUAAAAAUACACUCUCCCUUGUUGCUAAAAGCUUGCCUGUUGACAAUGGGACCAAUUGGGAUUCCCUUCUUGAAGAAAAUGGGAAGAUAUUGUCUUUUGCUGCCGUGCAACUUCCUUGGUUGUCUGAAUUAACUAGGAAAGCAGAGUAUGGUGAGAAAUUCACAUGUGGCUUUAUUCCUGGAAAGCAAUAUGUAAGUGUAAGAACUCAAGCUGUGAUAACUAUUUUGUCCUGGUUGGCUAGGAAUGGUUUUGCUCCCAAAGAUGAUUUGAUUGCUUCUCUGGCAAAAUCAAUUAUUGAACCACCUGUCUCUGAGGAGGAUGAUGUGAUGGGGUGCUCCUUCCUGUUGAAUCUUGUUGAUUCAUUUAGUGGUGUAGAAGUAAUAGAAGAGCAGCUAAGAACCCGAGUUAACUACCAAGAUACUAGUAGCAUCAUGAAUGUGGGGAUGAUAUAUAGUUUGUUGCACAACUCUGGAGUUGAGUGUGAAAGUCCUGCACAGAGGAGGGAGCUGCUGCUUAGGAAGUUUAAAGAGAAGCACACACCAUUUAGUUCUGAUGAAAUAAACAAGAUCGAAAAAGUACAGUCCUCAUUUUGGAGGCAAUGGAAACUGAAAUUGGAACAGAAAAAGCGUAUAGCAGAUCGUUCUAGGGUGUUAGAGCAAAUAAUUCCUGGGGUUGAAACCGCACGCUUCUUGUCUGGUGAUAUGAACUAUAUUAGGAGUGUUGUUUUCUCCCUCAUUGAAUCAGUGAAGUUGGAGAAAAAACACAUUUUGAAGGAUGUGUUGAAAUUGGUUGAUACCUAUGGCUUAAGAAGGGAUGAGGUGAUACUAGGGUACCUAAGUUCAAUCCUUCUUUCUGAGGUUUGGACCAAUGAUGAUAUCACUGCUGAGAUUGCAGAAGUUGAAGGAGAAAUAUUUGAUUCUGCUUCAGAAACUAUCAAAACUUUAUCCUUCACUGUAUACCCUGAAGUUGAUGGGUGCAACAAGCAACGCCUUGCUUACAUAUAUGGCCUAUUGUUGGAUUGCUAUGCUCAUUUGAAUGAAAGCAAAGAACUUGUUUCAAUUAUAAGGCCAGACCCACCUCUUGGGUUAUCUCAUUUCUAUAAGGUUGCUGAGCAGGAAUGCAAAAGAAUUUCUUUUGUUGAAAACCUAAACUUCAAAAAUAUUGCAGGAUUGGGUGGUUUGAAUUUGCAGCAUUUCAAUAGUGAAGUCUAUGCUCAUGUCAAUGAAUUUACUUUGGAGGCUUUGUCUUCGAUGGUAAAGAAUUUGGUCAGCAUAUACACUGAUCCAGUGCCUGGGGGUCUCAUUUCAUGGCAGGAUGUCUACAAACAUUAUGUACUGUGUUUGUUGACAACUCUGGAGAGUAGAGCUAGAGCUGAUUUUAGUACUGACAACCCUGAAAACUUUCAGAAUUUGAUCAGUCAACUUGAGCAGACAUAUGAAUCUUGUAGAAUGCAUAUCAAACUCUUGGAACCUUCAGAAGCUUUGGAAAUUAUUAAGCAGUAUUUCACUGUAAUUAUACCUCCAAAUGGUGCUUAUGGGAAUAUACCUGAUAACUCAACAUGGCAGGACUGUCUGAUUUUCCUUCUAAACUUUUGGAUCAGGUUGACUGAAGAAAUGCAAGAAUUUGUCUCUGUUGAGAGCUCAGUAGGGAAUUUCAGGUUUUAUCCUGAAUGCCUAAUGAGUUGUUUGAAUGUUUUUAUGAGGCUGGUGAUGGAGGAUUCUGUUUCUCCAAGUCAGGCCUGGGGCACGGUUGUUGGCUACAUCAACUAUGGUUUAGUUGGUGAUUUCUCUGUUGAGAUUUUCAUGUUCUGCAGAGCUAUGGUAUUUUCUGGUUGUAGUUUUGGGGCCAUUUCAGAAGUAUUCUGUCCAGCAGUACCACAUUCAAGUGCUGAGUUGGAAGACCUUCCCCAUUUCUAUUUGAAAGUACUAGAACCUGUUUUACAAGAUUUAGGUAGUGGAUCCCAUGAUUUCCAGAAAUUGUAUCGUUUGGUGUCCUCUUUGAGUAAUUUGGAAGGUGAUUUGGAGGAGUUGAAAAGAGUCAGAUGUGUAGUUUGGGAAAGUAUUGCAAGAUACUCUGAAAAUUUGCAGCUACCAAGUCAAGCUAGAGUUUAUGCCUUGGAGCUUUUGCAAUUUAUCACAGAUAAAAAUAACAAGGGCCUUCCUUAUGAGCUUCAGUUGGAAGUUAUACCAUGGGAGGGGUGGGAUGAAUCACACUAUUCAAGUUUUAAGAUAGAAGCUACGGACAGUAAUCAUGUGGCAGAUCAAACAGAUACUUCUAGCAGGUUUACAGGCACUUUGGUUGCCCUCAAAUCAUCUCAGCUCGUGGCAACCAUCUCACCUAGCAUUGAAAUUACCCCUGGUGAUCUCUCAAAUGUUGAAGCUGCAGUUUCUUGCUUUAAGAAGUUGUGUGAAGUUGUAACUGCAGAUGCUCAUAUUGAUGCUUUAAUAGCCAUUUUGAAAGAGUGGGAAGGGCUUUUUGUGAUUAAGACAGAAGAGGCAGCCUCUACAGAAGCAUCUGACACGGGAAACAACUGGAGCAAUGACAAUUGGGACGAGGGAUGGGAAAGCUUCCAGGAAGUUGAACCUAUGGAGAAAGAAAUUAAAGAUAAUAACUCACUUUCUGUUCACCCCUUGCACUCGUGUUGGAAGGAGAUUUUUAAAAGCCUCCUUGCAAUGAAUCGGUUUAGAGAUGUCUUAAGACUGAUUGAUCAAUCCAUCUCAAAAUCUAAUUGUACAUUACUUGAUCAAGAAGAGGCAAGGAGCUUGAGUCAGAUUCCACUUGGAAUGGAUUGUUUUAUGGGUUUGAAGAUGAUCCUUUUACUGCCUUAUGAAGCAUUGCAGCUUGAGUUCUUGAGUUUACUGGAAGACAAGCUGAAACGAGAUGGCAUCUCAGACAUAAUUGGCAGUGACCAUGAGCUUUUAAUGCUUGUUUUCUUCUCGGGGGUUAUAUCAACCAUCAUCAACAACCCUUCCUAUGGCACUAUUUUCUCUUAUCUCUGCUACAUGGUUGGAAAUUUGUCUCGCCAGUUUCAAGAAGCUCAAUUGUCUGUGCCAAAGAGAGGAAGGAAUGAACGGGAAAACAAGGAGGAUGACAUCUUAUUUCUGUUCACAAGAAUCCUGUUCCCUGCAUUUAUAUCGGAGCUGGUAAAGGCUGAUCAGCAGAUUCUAGCAGGAUUUCUAGUUACAAAAUUCAUGCACACAAAUGCUUCUCUCAGUCUCAUUAACAUCACAGAGGCUAGUCUUCAUAGAUAUUUGGAGAGACAGCUGCACAGAUUAAAGAACGACAAGUUUGCCAGUGGGGAGGAAACGAGCUCCUGUGAAACGCUAAAGAAUACAGUUUCAAGUUUAAGAGGCAAGUUGGAGAAUCUGCUGAGAUCUGCUUUGUCAUUGCUUUCUAGGUAAGAAGCUUGUCUGGUGCUUCUCUUAGGAAUUUUUAUUUUUCAUGUUAGGGCGGGUAGAAAGUCCCUAAAACAAAUAGUGAUUUUCAUUUUCUGUGCCAAAAUGAAUGAGUGUAUAUCCUCAGGAGAAAUAUUUACAAAUUUUAAGAGUACUGGUGACCCAAACAGGUAAGAAAGCAUAGGGUUCACAAUUUCACUAUAUUUUGUCCACAAUUACAAGCAUACACAUUGAUGUUCUCCCUUCCAUCUAGUAAACUACUUUCCCCCUU